AUGGUCCUUAUAGACAGGCAUACCUACAUCUCCUCCGAGGAAAAACGAUUGAAAGAGGACCGCGAUCGUGUCAAGUACUGGAAAAAAUGGGGACCCUAUGUGGCAGAGAGACAAUGGGCUACUGUUCGCGAGGAUUAUUCUGACAACGGAGAUGCUUGGAGCUACUUCUCCCACGACCAUGCCCGAUCGAGAACCUAUCGCUGGGGUGAAGAUGGAAUCGCCGGUGUAUCCGACACCCAUGGUUUACAAAAUAUUGCUUUUGCAUUCUGGAAUGGGAAAGACGAUUUUCUGAAAGAACGACUAUUCGGCUUAUCGAAUCCCCAGGGAAAUCAUGGCGAGAGUGUCAAAGAGGUUCACUUUCACCUGGAUAAUACCCCCACGCACUCGUACAUGAAAUUCCUUUACAAAUAUCCCCAGAAAAAGUUCCCUUACCAGGAUUUGAUUGAUGAAAACGCUCGACGGGGAAAAGAAGACCGCGAGUAUCAGAUCCUCGACACCGGUGUGUUCGGCGAGGACCGAUACUGGGAUAUCUUCAUUGAGACCGCCAAGCAUGAUGAGGAUGAAGAAGAACUCUCAUUUCGUGUAAUAGCCUACAACAGAGGCCCCGAGCCUGCUCCUUUACAUAUUAUUCCUCAUGUCUGGUUUCGAAACACCUGGUCUUGGGGGUAUAAGGGCCAGGAAGAAAAGCCCUCCAUUGAGCAAGUCUCCCCGCUCACAGCCAAGACCACUCAUGAGAAAUUAGGAGAGCGAUUUGUCCGCUUUGCUCCUUCACCAGCCACCGGGGACGCCCCGGAAGACGUCAGACCACAAAUGAUGUUUACUGAGAAUGAGACAAACAAUGAGCUAAUGUGGAAAACCGAAAACAAGCAGCCUUACGUGAAGGACGCUUUCCAUCGUCGCAUAGUUGACCAGGAGAAAGAUGCCGUCAACCCCGCCAAUAAGGGCACAAAAUUUGCCGCUUGGUAUACUUUUGAGCAAGUCCCUCCUGGGGAAUGCGCUGUCGUCCGUUUCAUGCUGUCUCGAAAACACGAGGAUAUUGUGAAUGAGGAGACGCUGGAUGAGAUUGUUGAGCAGCGUAGAGCCGACGCCGACGAUUUCUAUUAUCAAAUUAGUCCUUUGCCAAUGAGCGAUGAUCUGCGAAACAUUCAACGGCAGGCAUUUGCUGGAUUGAUGUGGACGAAACAGUAUUACCACUUUGUCUGGGACCAGUGGGCCAACGGGGAUCCUGCAAUGGUCGCACCCCCCCCAGGUAGGAAGAACAUUCGCAACGCGCAAUGGAAACAUCUGUACAUGGAUGAUAUUCUCUCGAUGCCGGAUUCUUGGGAAUACCCCUUUUUUGCGGCUUGGGACACUGCCUUCCACUGUAUUCCUUUAGCGAUGAUUGACCCCGACUUUGCAAAGCGCCAGUUGGAUGUGCUCACCCGUGAGUGGUAUAUGCAUCCAAACGGCCAACUGGCGGCGUACGAAUGGAACUUUGGCGAUGUCAACCCACCGGUCCAUGCAUGGGCCGUUUUCAGAGUGUUCAAGAUCGAGCGGAAGAUGUACGGUCGACAGGAUCUUGAUUUCCUAGAGAGAGUAUUCCAGAAACUGCUCCUAAAUUUCACAUGGUGGGUAAACCGAAAGGACUUUGAUGGGAAGAAUGUUUUCGAAGGAGGAUUCCUUGGGCUCGAUAACAUUGGGCUCUUUAACCGCUCGGAACCUCUUCCUACAGGUGGAGUCUUGGAACAGGCCGACAGUACGGGUUGGAUGGCUUUCUAUUGUUUGUGCAUGCUCAACAUUGCUCUUGAACUUGCCAAACAUCGACGAAUCUAUGAAGACAUUGCUUCGAAAUUCUUCGAGCAUUUUAUUCUUAUCAGUGAUGCUAUGACGUUCAGGUCUGGAGGACAAGAGACCUCUCUCUGGAACGAGGAAGAUGGAUUCUACUACGAUGCCAUCUCAUACGGUGAACCAUGGACCCAACAGCUUCCCGUGCGAUCACUAGUCGGGUUGAUCCCAUUGUACGCCGUACUGACCCUCGAGCCCGAACUAAUCAACAAAUUCCCUUCCUUCAAGCGACGGCUAAACUGGUUCAUCGAGAACCGACAAGACGUAGCGGAGCGGAAUAUCGCUAGCAUGAAGCGCCGUGGAAAAGGGGAGCGUCUCCUCCUCGCCCUGGUGAGCAGAGACCGCCUCGAAAAGAUCCUGAAGCGCAUGCUAGAUGAGACCGAAUUCCUCUCUGAGCAUGGAAUCCGAUCUAUGUCCAAAUACCACGAAACCCAUCCCUACUCUAUGGAAGUCAACGGCCAGACGUUCGGGGUAAGCUACGUCCCCGGUGAUUCAGAUAGCGGUCUCUUCGGUGGCAACAGCAACUGGCGUGGCCCUGUCUGGCUGUGCGUAAACUUCCUGCUCGUCGAAUCCCUGCUCCGGUUCUACAUGUUCUACGGAGACUCCUUCCAGGUCGAAUGCCCAACGGGAUCAGGAGAAUACAUGCAUCUCGGCCAAGUCGCAGAAGAAAUCCAACAUCGAUUGCAGCAUAUAUUUGCACGUAAUGACGAGGGCCGUCGAGCAACGCACGACGGAUCCGACCUUCUCGAUUUCGACGACCACUGGAAAGACUACGUAUGGUUCCACGAGUUCUUUGACGGCGACACUGGACGCGGUCUGGGCGCAUCCCACCAGUGCGGUUGGACCGGGUUAAUCGCAAAAGUCAUCCAUGAUACAGGCGUCAACUGCCGUCUCCCACAAACACCCCGCUCCCCCUUCGCAGCAGCAGGCCACUACUUCGAUGACAUCUUCACCCGCUCCAUUCACUCCCGCGGCAGUAGCAGUGGCAGACCACACAUCCGUCGCUCGUCAACGAGCCGCUCAAUCGGCAACAGAAGCGACCUGGAAUCCGCAUUUACAGGCGAGACUCCUGCAGAUGAGGAAGAAAAGUCCGAGCGUGGCUUCGAGAACCACAUGUCGCAUUAUGUGGAGAGUCAGUUACAGCGGGUGCGGAGUCAGGUGUCUAUGGGGGCUUAUGAGGAUGAGUUCGAGGCGCAAGCGGAUGGAGUGUCGAAUGGGCAUUAG